AAUUCAAAAACAUUGUCCUCCCUAUAUUAUAAAUUGGUUCAUUCAUAACGAACGGUAUGAAGAAGACUUGACUGUCAUUUUUAUCCCAACAAUGACUUCUCAACUUACUGCCAUUAACAAAGCUUCAAAAACAUCUUCUUCAUUUUUUCUAAUACUCAUCCCCUUCCUUAUUUUCUGCCAUGGAUCAAUUACAGAAGCUAAAGUUUCCAUGAAGAUUGGAGCAAUCAUAAAUGUCGAUUCUCGCGUUGGCAAAGAACAAACGACAGCCAUACAGAUAGCAGUUGAGAACUUCAAUAACAAUUCGAAGAAUCACAACCUGACCAUUCAUUUUAGGAACACCAGUGGAGACCCCCUCCAGGCAGUUUAUGCAGCUGAUGAGCUGAUCAAAGGAGAACAAGUUCAAAUAAUUAUCGGCACACAGACAUGGGAGGAAACAGCUUUAGUUGCAGAUGUUGGAAAGAAAGCUCAAGUUCCAGUUCUUUCAUUUGCAUCAGCAGCAAGUACACCACCAUUAAAGCAGCUGCGAUGGCCUUUCUUGGUUGAAAUGGCUACGAAAAGCUCGGAACAAUUAAACUGCGUUGCAGCGAUUGUUCAAUCCUACAAUUGGCAAAGGGUCAUAGUCAUCUAUGAAGACGACACAUACAGUGGUGAUUCAGGAAUGUUGGCUCUAUUAUCCGAGACACUUCAAGGUGUCGGUUCAGAAAUCGAGUAUCGGUUAGUCCUUCCACCAUUCCCUUCUCUAUCCGACCCAAAAGUGGUUGUCUAUGAAGAGCUGACACAGUUAUUGAGAAAACAGUCGCGGGUUUUUAUUGUUCUUCAAUCAUCACUGUCCUUGGCUACUCAUCUGUUCACAGAAGCUAAGAGGAUGGGAUUGAUGGGGCGAGAUUCAGUGUGGAUUACAACAGACUCUCUUUCGAGCCUCUUUGAUUCUGUUGAGCCAUCUGUUGUCUCCUCUAUGCAAGGUACUCUUGGAAUCAAGACCUAUUACCAAGAAGACACCAAGUCUUUCCUAAAUUUCAGAGGUCAGUUUCGAAGAAUUUUCAGGUCGGAGUACCCCGAGGAAGAUAAUUUGGAGCCGGGAAUUCAAGCUCUACGAGCAUAUGAUAGCAUCAACACCAUUGCUCAGGCUAUAAACAAAUCAGGCAACAACAGUACUACUAGUACUUCAAAAGGGUUGCUAGAAACAAUUCUAUCAAACAAAUUCACUGGUUUAAGUGGUGAUAUUAGUUUCAAUGGAGGAGAGCUAUCAAACUCUCCCGUAUUUAGAAUCAUAAACAUUGUUGGGAAGAAAUACAAAGAACUUGGCCUUUGGUCCUCAAAAUCUGGCUUCUCAGAUAGUUUUAGCAGUGAAAUUAUUGGUAGUGACAGCAUGAAAGAUUUGAAGGCGUUGGUGAAUUGGCCAGGGGACUUAAAUCGACACCCGAAAGGAUGGGCAAUGCCUACCGAUUCAGAGCCUAUGAAGAUUGGAGUCCCAGGAAGUACAGUUUUUCAGAAGUUUGUGAAGGUGGAAUGGAAAUUAUGGAAUGAAAAUGCAAAUAAAGAGAAUUAUAUUACAGGUUUUUGCAUUGAAGUGUUUAGGGAGGUGGUAAAAAUUUUGGGGGAAAACUAUAGCUUUCCCUAUGAGUUUGUGCCCUGCAAUGGUAGCUAUGACGAUCUGCUUGAGAAUGUAACCAACAAGACUUUUGGAGCGGUGGUUGGGGACAUAACCAUACUAGCCAACCGAUCGAAAUACUUGGAAUUCACUCAACCUUUUGCUGAGUCGGGGCUGUCAAUGUUGGUGCCGGUGAAGUCCAACAUAAAUCAAAAGGGGUGGCUUAUUGUGGAGCCUUUUACGACUGACAUGUGGAUAGUGACUUUUGUUGUCUUGUUCUACACAAUGCUUGUGGUUUGGUUCAUUGAGCAUCAAUCCAAUCCGGAGUUUAGAGGCCCAUGGAAAGAUCAGCUCGGGACUGCAAUGUGGUUCACCUUCUGUUCUCUCUUCUUCGCUCACAGAGAGCAGAUUUACAGCAACUAUUCCAAAAUGGUGCUUGUGGUGUGGCUCUUCGUCGUGUUCGUAUUGACAUCAAGCUAUACGGCCAGUCUUACGUCGAUGCUCACUGUCCCAAUACUUGAGCCCAGUGUGACAAACAUAGAGCUGAUAAAGAAAACCAAUGCAACAGUAGGGUGUGAUGAGGAUUCAUUUGUGAAGGACUAUUUGAGGAAUGUUCUUGAACUUCAAAACAUCAAGACCAUUACCAAACAAAGUGAUUACCCAGAGGAAUUCAGGAGCGGCAACAUAAGAGUUUCGUUUCUUGAAUUGCCUAAUCAGAAGGUUUUCCUCAAUGAACACUGCAACCAGUAUACAACCAGUGGACCUAUCUACAGAUUAGGAGGACAGGGCUUUGCAUUCCAAAAAGGCUCUCCUAUAGCAGCAGAUGUCUCUGAAGCAAUUCUAACCCUAUCAGAGAAUGGAAGACUCCAAGAAUUGGAAAAGUUCUGGCUGGGUUCCUCUGUAAAUUGUUCAAACUCUGAUGAAACCACCGAAACUGAGAGUUUGGGCCUUGAGAGCUUCUGGGUUUUGUUCCUCAUUUCUGUUGUCACUUCCACCAUUUGCUUUCUUCUUUUCCUUCUCCUUCAUUGGAGGAGUCAUCGUCAUCGCCAUGGGGCGUCUGGAGGCAACGUAACUACGAGUGGUAACACUGUUUGGGACAAGACUGUUAGACUGGCUCGGAGCUUUCACACUGGACGGCCGAGUUUGCUUAGGGGAGAGCCAAAUGUGUAUGAAUGGGGCUCUUCAAGGUGGGAGUUAGUGAGUCCUUCGGACAUUUCACAAGGUUUUGAAGCCUCUAAACCAGCUGAAAUUGAAAUUCCCGUUAGGACUUGAUUGUUGUUUUAACAAUGUGUAGUGGAAAAGAGUAGGUAAAUUUAAAAGAAUCAAGUGUUCAUUUGUGUUAGAAUUUAGGCAUAGCUUUCUCGACCUUUUGGUAAGAUCCAAUCAUAUUUGGUUUUUUCUCGAAUGAGAGAUGAGAUUUCUUUGUCAAUUCACAUGUGUAUUUCUAACAUUCCCCCUCACAUUGAGCAAUACAUUUAUAUUGGAUGUUCUAGGUGAAGCACUUGUUAAAUUUUUUUUUACUAAUGGUCA